AUGACGGUGAUUGAGGAAAUAAAAUUCUCCGGAAAUGAUGAGGAAAAUAUUAGAGAGAUAUAUUCGUCACAUGUGCGCGUAUAUCCUAGCGCUAAAAGUGCUCUGGAUUGUAGAGAUGUUUCGGCCAGCUGCAAGAUUAGCAUUCAGCCAGCUGUCAAAUACUUUUGGGAAUAUCAGUAUUAUGUAACACGUCUCAUUGCACGUCAUCACGCAAGUUCACUGAUCGCCUAUGCAAUUAAACAUGUUAAAAAAACAGAUUCUGACGAAGAUAUACAUGUAGGUAUGGUGCGGCUGCUGAAUACAGAGACGGGAAAAAAGUUGCUCUUGCGUUCUUUCACAGACCGUAUCACAUACAUUGAUUUUGCACUCCGCACCGAGGCUCUUUUAGGCAUUCUUGACCACUCUGGAGCAGUUAGUGUUUUUAAAAUUGAUCAAGGUUUGGGUUCUGAGGACCCAAUGACUUCGUCGUUAUUCUUCUGCUUAAAUCAACCAGAAAAUUUUGUUCCUUUGGAUAUUUCUUCACUCGUGUGGUGUCCGUGGUUGCAUGGGUCCAAAACUGCACUCCCACUUGCAAAUGAUAUCCAUGAUGAUGUAUUUGUCCCACCACGUGACCCAAGCCUUCUGUUAGCAUAUUCUGCUCAUCAUAUGGUAAAAGUUAUAAAUGUGGGUUUAGUUGUUGAACUUCUUCAAAAUCACUUUUCACAAGAUGUUCAGUCGGAGGUGUCAACGUCUUGGAGUGAAAAACAACUUAUUGAUGCCAUAGAAGGAUGUACAACUGAGUCAUUAUAUUAUGCUGAGUUAUCGGAUCAUUCUGAUGCGAUUACUGCUUUGUCAUUAAGUCGUGAUGCUACUUGUUUGGGUUCUGCCAGUCUGGACGGUAAAGUCUGUAUAUAUUCCUUAGUUAGUCGAAUGGCUGGCAAUAUGAAGUAUAAACUGAGGCCAAUUCAUGUAUUUUCUCCUCAUGGUGGACUACCAUUGUAUGCUUUAAUAUUUCUGGACAACGUGUUACAUAAUGAUGAAAGUAUAACAUGGAGUUAUCUCUUAACCGGUGCAGAGUCUAAUCGUGAAAUACGUCUUUGGUCAUGUUCCGAUUGGUCAUGUCUACAAGUUAUACAGUUUUGUUCUGUGAUACCUAGUACAGAUUUACUAAAAUCUUUAAAUAUUUCAUUAUCGAAAUCGAGCAUAAUAUUAGCUGUUGAUCAAUCCGCCUCUUUUCUAAUUGCCACUGAUGUAACACGAAGAGUACUGUAUACACUUGAAUUGGCCGUUGUAAAAGAUGUUCUUGUUUCAAGUGAUGACGAAAAAUUGUUGUCCUCUUCAUCGUCAUCAAUGUUAUCAGUAUCGAAGAAGAUAUGCUGCAUCAUUUCUAUUGGAGAAUUUCUAUUGACAACACCGUGUCUCUUGUUUGCUUUAGGUCCUUCUUCAAGGAAAGCUAAAAUUGGUUUAGAUCCCCUUUCUAUAAAAGAGAAAAUCGGUCCACACAAAGUUUUAAUGGAUCAAAUAUGUUUGGAUAUACAUAUCAUUCAUAAUCGAAAUCUAUUAAAUGGUACAAUUCGAUUUGAUCUACCUCAUCGAUCUGAAUCAGAUAAACUCGAAUUAAUUACAAAUAUAAUGAAACAAUCUUCAGUGGAAUCACCUGUCCAUCAUCAACGUGAAUUAACAGAUCGUGCUCUCCCCACUGCUAUUGAUAGCUCUAGUAAUAAGGAUCUUUCAAGUUCAAUACUUUCUCCUUGUACUUCAUCACUUAACAUAAAUGCUAUUGCUCAAGAAAAAGUUGAAUUUCAUGAAGUUCUUAAUGAGCGUGAUUCCUCUGAAAUACUCACUAGGAAACAAUUAGGUCAUAAUUCUUUGAUGCCUAACACUUUGGAAAAUCAAUUAAUGAUGGAGAAACUAACGAAUUUAAAUAGUUCUAAUUCCCAUUUAUCUAUUAAAACUGAAAUUGAGGAUAAUUCCAGUUUGAAUCAUAAUAUGGAAACAAUUUCUCCAAGUCAACAUGAACCACCGGAAGCGGAAAACCUUCAAAAUGUUCUUUCUGUAACAUUGUUAAACAUAAAUAAUCAAUCGACUGAAGAACUCGUUUUUGAAUCUAUUUCGAAAACUGCUGAUAAAACUGCGAUUUCUGACUUCUCACCUAUGAAUUGUGUACCGUCAUUAUGCAGUACGGGUGAUAACUAUACGCUUCCGAUUGAAAUUACCACGACAACUCAUCAACAGCAUCAUAGGAGUGGUGUUGUAGUUGGUGAUAACGGUAAUGAUGAUGACGAUGAUAAUGGGGAGAUCGAUUUUGAAGACAACGCGCCCGAUUCUGUGGACAAAUUACUGUCAGACACAACAACGAAUAAAAUCCCAUUAAAUUCAAGUAGUCCAACUCGUGAUAAUAAUGGUAAUAAUGAUAAUUUAAGCAAUGAAGCACAUAUUACGACUAAUCACAUAGAUGAGAAUGACUUGAUCUUUUUAACAACAACGACAACAACAUCGUCAGUGUCUCCACCAUUGGAAUUGUUGCCGCCUCCACUACCAUCUCAACUCUCGUUAACAAUGUCAUCAACUAAAGACACUACAUUAUGGUCGACCAUUGCUACUAAUACUACUGCAAAAGAAACCCAUUUAAAAAAUUCAUCACCAUUGGAUAUUACCUCGGCGGCAUCAUUAAGCACUUGUAAUUUCGUUGUUUAUGAUGAUGAUGAUGAUGGUGGUGGUGGUGGUGGUGGGGAAAGUGAAGGUGUAGGUAGGGCUCUUGACAAUGCCGAUGAAGAAGGUGAUGAUGAUGAUGAUUGUCGCAACUAUCAAUCAUUUGAAGAUUUGAAGUCAAUUUUAAAAGAGGAAGAUAUUUUAAACUCCACAAUUAACAGAAUAGAUGCACUUAAUGAAACUACUGAACAUGACAGUCAUAUCAACAACAAAGUCAAUACCAACGACGACGAUAACAGAAGGAAUAAUAAUGAAAUGAAUAGAAUUUUAAAUCAUUUGGAAAUGUUAUCGAUGAAUUCAGAAAAACAAAGUAAACAAUUCGAAUACCUUUUAGAUCAGUUAAAUGAAACAAAAUUGAAACUUGAACGGCUUGAACAAACACAAUUCGAUAUCAUUGAACAAAUAAACAAUGUUAAUUACCAAGGAUCACUAAUGCCAUCGACACAACCAUCCAACAUUGUCACAAUGACCGAAUCUAAUGUGAAUUUAGAACAUUGGGAAAUUAAAUCUAUGGAAUUGUCUAAUCAGAUAAUUUCACAAUUACGAACUGUUCAAGGGGAUUCUGCACGUCGUUAUGCAAAAAUUUCUGAAAAUAUGAAUAAAAUCUUAUCAAAUAUACAAGAUUCAAAUCAUUCAAUGAAAACAAAUAUGUUGCAUAAUUUAGAAUCACGUGUUAAUGCCUUGCCAACUAUAACAUCAGAUUGUAUCAGACGUGUACUACACGAAGAAUUAGUAAGAGUAUUUUCAAAUAAUUUAUCGCGAAUUGUUGAACCAUUGCAGCAAUCUUUAUUUAAUGUGUUAAAAGAUCAUUUAUCUGCAUUGCCAACAACGUUAACAGAUAAUAUUCAACGUACUCUACGUGAAAAGAUCCUUCUAGUCGAAUUUGAGCUCUUCUUCGAAUAUCUUCAAGAAGCUAUUCUUUGUCUUGAAUUUGAUGAUCCUACUACAUCAGUUCAUGGACCAGCAAUAUUACACUUACUUAAUACACGUCUUGAUACUUUACUAAGCUCAACAAAUAACAAUAAUAAUAAUUCAACGAAUAAAAACAAUAAUAAGAUUACCAAUGCAUUACGUAAUCGUGUUGUUAAAUUAAAUCGUACAGUUAAAUGUUUAUUUAAAGAAAUUGCUUUAUCUGAUGACAAAUAA